AAGAAGAAGAAGAAGAGAGAGAGAGUUGGGUUUGUUUGGCAUCAUCCAGCAUAAGGCGUCGAUAGGGCGAUUUAACGAAGAACGGCAGGCAACCGUCCGCCACUUGGACGGCCGGACAUAUCUCGGAGUUCGACGCUCUCACUUUCCUCAAUUCUCCUCUUCAUACUUCUUCACCAUUCAAACAAUCGCUAAUCCUAUCAGUCAAAGUUGCGUGUUGUCUUCUGAUGCAGUUACACUUUGAAUGAGGUUCUGUAGGAAAAUAAUUCAAGACUAGAGUUGAUGAUGAUUCAUGUCUUCUUCUUUCAGUGAAAUUUUGUGCGGACCAUUUGAAGUUCGAUGCUGAAGACCCAUUGUGCCUCAAUAGUAAUAAACCUCAGUCUACUAGCAUUUCUUUGAUCUGAAAGUGACAAACAUUAGAGAAUGUAUGGAAGAAGUGGCCUCGAUAGAUUUAAGAAGGCUCAGACCUUAGAACCAUUCGCUGUAACUGUCAAUUCUACUUCACACGACUCUACUCAAUCUUCUACCAAAGAAGCCAUUCAACCACUGGUUCCAUAUUCACAAUCGAGAUCUUCUCACUUUCAAACCAUUAAUCAACAUCAAUCUCAUGAUUCACAAAAGGUUAUUGGACCUGAGGCAGGGCCAUUAGUGGGGCAGACGCAGCAAUUGACCCAGGUUGGAGGAAGUCAGUCCACUUGGCAGCCUCCUGACUGGGCAAUUGAACCGCGCUCGGGAGUUUAUUAUCUUGAAGUCUUGAAAGACGGUGAGGUUAUCGAUCGAAUUAAUCUGGACAAGCGGAGACACAUUUUUGGAAGACAAUUCCAUACUUGCGAUUUUGUGCUUGAUCACCAGUCUGUAUCCCGCCAACAUGCUGCUGUUAUUCCUCAUAAGAAUGGAAGCAUAUAUGUAAUUGAUUUGGGAUCUGCUCAUGGAACAUUUGUGGCUAAUGAGCGGUUAACUAAAGACUCCCCAGUUGAGCUAGAAGCGGGACAGUCCUUACGGUUUGCUGCAUCAACAAGAACUUAUAUCCUGAGAAAGAAUGAUGCGGCACUAUUUCCUCGUCCGCCAUUACCCACCGAGGUUGAUUUACCACCACCUCCUGAUCCGUCUGAUGAGGAGGCUGUUGUUUCUUAUAAUACACUACUUAAUCGCUAUGGUCUUACCAAAUCUCGACUACCUUCAUCAUCUGAAGACAGCAGUCCAGCAAGUGCAAAAGAAGAUACACGACAUGGAAGACCUACCAAAAAGCUUAGGAAGAUGAGAGUGGCUUUCAGGGAUCAACUUGGAGGGGAGCUGGUUGAAGUUGUGGGUUUUUCAGAUGGUGCUGAUGUAGGGACAGAACCUGGUCCUAUAGGGGUUAAAGAAGGAAGUCUAGUUGGGAAAUAUGAAUCUCUGGUGCAGACUACCAUAAUACCAAAAGGCAAGGAGCCGUCUUCUUUAAGGGGAGAUAACAUUUCUCCAAAAGGUGUGACUGGUAAAUUACAAGAAAUCUUGAAUAGGGUAAAAAAUCCAUCAAAAAGCGGAGUUUAUGAUGACCUUUACGGAGAAUCAUUUUCAGGAAAUGUGGGUUCAUCAUGGGCAUAUUCUUCGGCUGGUUCUGCUAAUAAAUUGUCUUCCCCUCCUAAAGAUUUGAUCCCUCGGAACCAUGAAGAAAACAACAGGACAAAUACUAAUGACAGUGAUGAUGACUUGUUUGGUAAUUGAUCAAAUCAAGCAGAAUGGUCGUGAAAGUUUGUGUAGUUUCUUAUUGUGACAAAAUGGUUGGAGUUCAAAACUGCAGCAAUUCUAUGAAGAUGAAUGAUUUUUUUUUUCUUCUUUUUUCAAAUGUAACUGGAGACUUUGUUUUAGUCCAUCAGGAAUUCUUCUUUUUGUAGUUGCACGCCCUACCAAGGGGCACAUGUAAGCUUGAUUAUAAUAUUUAAGAUUCUCUCUUUCAAAGUGUAUACUGUAGAAAAUUGAGAAAAUGGGAAGAAUUUGGUUAGGGAAAUGUUAGGCCUGUUGCAUUACUUUCAUUGUAAUUGUUAUAGGCAUGUAAAAUCAGACGGGUGCUGGUCGCCUGCAUGAUUAAAGGUUCAUUUUGUUAGGAACAACCCUUUCCCGCAAUAGCUAAAGUAAUUGUUCUUUUUGCUA